AUGGACUUUUUCGCCAAGAUCGCUGAUCUCUAUGUAAGUUAGUCUUGUGAAUUAUUAAUGUCAAUCUGAAAUCGAACGUUUGGAAUCAGAAUAUAUAAAAUUUUAAAUUUGAUUCUCAUCUGAACAGAAAAUACGACGAUUCGAAGCUACAUAAAGGUUCUGAAGCACAGUAUAAGUUUUUGUCAUUUUAUGCUUUGUAAAAAAAUUUUUUGCCAUUUUCUGCUUUGUAAAGAAAGUUCUUGUCAUAAAUUUACUGUGGCCGAUCAGGCCAAAAGAAUGGAACAUCUGAAUUACUUUCUUGUGUAACUACGCCUUAUCCAAAUAAUAUAAUAGUAAACGUUCUAAAUCGGUAAGAGUCGAUUAUCAGACCCAAUAACAAGGUAUAAACCAGCUAGCAGAAGUUGAGAAGUACCAGUAAAAGCGACUUUGAAGCUCUCAUGGUUAAUCUAAGACAGUACUCUAGAGUAAAUUACUCUAAAGCUCCUUCUACUGUUAGCUUCGUUAAUAAGUCUCAAUAUAAAACCACUGUUCCGUCAACAAAUGCAUCUUGUUUAAUAUCCUGAUAACCAACCUUUACCAAAUUUCAAUAAAAAAGUUACAGUAACAUAACAAACGUCUUAAAAUUCUACUUUGAAUCAGUAAUAAAUAAAAUAAGAUUUAAUUAAUAAACAAAAAGCAAUUAUUACCGUUUACAGGCUCCAUCUUCUUCUUCAAGCCCAACUCCAUUAGCCAUGCCCGUACUCGUCGAUGAAGAAAUUAAGUACCGAGUGUCCUUCCUCUUAAAUAACUUGACCGUGUCCAACUUGUCGUCGGUUUGUCACGAAAUAAACGACAUUAUCAUCACCCAAACAUCCGAUUCCGUCGUUGCGUGGCUAGCCCACUACAUCGUGACCAAACGUGUAGCCGCCGAGCCCAACCAGCAUGAAACCUACGUGCAAUUACUGACCAAUAUUAAUAAGGAAUUAUUAAUGCAAGCCGUACUAAACGAAACUUACAAGUCUGUAAACACGAUGUUCAACACCAGCUCAAGAUCAUCGUCCUCGAAUUACAUAGAACGAAAGAUGCUAAAGAACAUUGGCCAGUGGCUCGGUUUGAUCACUAUCGGCAAAGAUCAGCCAAUCAAUCUUGAUGACUUGGAUCUAAAGAAGUUGUUGAUUGAGGCCUUUGUAGACGGUGAGGACGAACUUAUCCUGGCCGUGCCGUUUGCGGCAGCCGUCUUGAAAGCUGUGAAAAAGUCCGAGAUCUUCAAUGUAUACAGCACAUGGAUCCAACGGCUUCUGAGUGUCCUUGCUGGCAUCCAUGAACAACAAAACCUCAAGUUAAACCUGAAGUUCGAGAUUGAAGCCCUCUGUGAAGCACUGAACCUUCAACUUGAUGACAUUGAAGCUUUUGACGUCCUGAAGAUAAAGAACAGCCGAGAAUCACCAGUACCAUCCGACCCACGUACUAGCCCAUUAGUACAGUACAUUGAAAACGAGAAUGCUGACUGGAGCAGCUUCAUUAAAGCCCUUGAUGCCACCAUCCAGUUCUACAACGUGCCCAACCGAUACAAGGAUCUUAUUAAAGAGGCUACACUUACCGCUACAGACACAACGACUAAAGGUAGUGUAGAUCGUGCUGUUGACAUCAGCUUGUCCGCUACGACAACGUUGAUCCAGAAAGACUACAGAAUCCCAGAAACCAUCAAGUCUGAAGCCGUGAAGCUCUUAGUGCCCUUUAUAACUGAACUCGCGCCAGCUUUGUGUCGACUACCGUUAGAGAAGGCUAUCAAGGACAACCUUACCUUACUCUUGAAGGACAGAAACAUGUUGAUGAAUGAUGUCGACGAAUUCGUACAGAAGGCCUGUAAUGCGACGGUGGGUAUCGCUACACAGUACAUUACCAAAGUAGCGUGUGAAGAAGGAGAAAUGGCAUUGAAUCUACAGUUAGAGAACGGCUUCGACAAUGAGUUGGACCAAGAAGACCGCCAUCGUCUAGUCGAGAAGUUGCCACUUCAACUACAACAAUGCUGUAACAUUUUCGACGCUCCAGAAGACUUCCAGUCCAAAGUAGAAGCAGUGUACCGUGAAUGCAUUUACGUUGUACGUUAUGAGGAUACCCAAAACAUGACGUACGAAAUCGUUGUGGAAAUCAUGAAGAAACACCGGAUUCAGCACGAUGACAUUAAUGAAUUGAUCAAGUUCCUCGAGGUAAACUUGGACAUAUGCCUUGAUGUAACCAGUCGACUCGAGCAAUUACAACAUAGAGAAGGACAACGCUUGUUGACGUUGGAUACGUUCUGUAGAAUGGUUAGUUUGAUGUGUACAUCGGCAAGACGAAGCGACGAUGAAAAGAUUGUGCUACUGAAAUGUGUUCUGGCCCUGAUGCAAACUUUACUUCAAGAGAGCCACAAUGAGAAGAAAAAAGCCUUCAACAGAGCACUAGUUGCGAAGAUUCUUACCGAGCUGCGCAAAGAAACUGCCUACUGCUACUGGUUGAGCGAGUAUACCAAUCGUGACAAAGAGAACAAAACGUAAGGUUUUUUUACCAUACGUAUACAGCUAUACCUCUCCCCAUAAAGCCAAAAAACGUAUUAAAGUUUUUUUGAAAAACCUUGUUCUAAUCAUAUUAUAGUACCUUUUAAACGGUACCUAUAUAUAACUUUAUUCUUUUCAGUGGAUUCGACAAUGCCGCACAAUUGCUAGCCACGCACCUUUGUGUCCCUCUGUAG